AUGAAAGAAAGAUAUGCUCGAAAUAAUAUUGAUGUUCUUUAUAAUGAGCAAGGCGUUAAGCUCACUACUGCCACUGACAUUCAAGCAAAGGUUAUUCAAUUCUACACUGGUUUACUGGGGACUGCUACUCAGGUUCUUCCAGGGGUGGAUAUUGCUCUUGUGAGAGCAGGGGCUCAAGUGCAGCAAACUGAUGUUCACAACCUGAUCCAACCAGUCACGCAUGAGGAGAUUGAGUUGGCUCUUCACAGCAUUGAUGAUCUUAAAGCUCCAGGGAUUGAUGGUUUUAACAGCUUGUUGGAAGCAAAUUUAGACAAGAGCAAUGUCUACUUUGUUGGGGUGCAUCGUGAUGAUAUAAGCAACCUUCAACAAAACUUGCACAUGCCUACUGGUUCACUUCCCUUCAAGUACUUGGGAGUACCUUUGGCAUCUAGAAAAUUAUUCUACAAUGAGUGCAAGCCCUUGCUAGCUAAAAUCACUGCUAGAGUUAAAAGCUGGACUGCUAAAAAGCUUUCCUAUGCAGGAAGAGCUCAACUAGCUAUUUGUAGAUAUUACUUAUGGGUUGGGCUUGAUACCAUGUCUAGGAAAAAUCCUAUUGCAUGGGAUACACUUUGCAGGAGGAAAGCUAGUGGAGGUCUUAAUUUUAAGGAUCUCCUUAUGUGGAACAAGGCUGCAAUAGCUAAGCAUUUCUGGGUUUUAGCUAACAAGAAAGAUAGAUUGUGGAUCAGGUGGAUUCAUGCUUAUUAUAUUAAGCACAAUGAUGUGUGGCAAUGGACUAUACCUCAAAGGCUAUCAUGGGAAAUGAAGAAGAUAUUAACAGCCAGAGAGAGUGUUAUUGAUGCUAACAACCUUCAACAACAUAUUCACAAUGGUAAAAACUCAAUUAAACAUCUCUACUGGCACUUGAAAGGUGAUGAUCCGGUUGUUCCUUGGAGAAGAAUUGUUUGUAAAAGUAAAGCUAGUCCCAAAGCUUUGUUCAUUACUUGGCUUAUGCUAAAUGGAAGACUCACUAGAAAAGAUAGGUUGGCUUAG